AAAUAAUCAUAUUUUAUUUUGAAAAUUUCAACAGAAACCCGUAAAAAAUAUAGUUUUUGUUACAUUAUAAAGUUGGAGUUGCCGGCAAGUUAUGACAGCCGGAGGCUGUUUGGACAUCCAAACAAUGUUGUUCGGUCGUAAAUCAUCGAGCAAGUUACAGCCAGUAAAAAGCCAAGCGUCACCUAAACUUAGCAAGGUUAAGAAGCAGGAUGAUAAAUCAUCUUCUUCUUCUUCACCAAAACCUUCUUCACCUAUACCGAUUAGAUCAUCUAAGACAAUAUUAUCUGGGAGCCAACUAUCAUCAUUAUCAUCAAGACGUGUUUCUUCGCCUAUGGGCAUCCUAAAGAAUGUUUCUAUUAGAGAAGCUAAGAGCCCAAAGACAACCAGCUCACCUAAAUGGACAGGAAACUUUAUUCUUAUGGUCGAGCUUCGCCGAAAGAUCGUUACCUUUAGAGACAUCAUUGACCUUGCUCCUCUCGAGGGUUCUCCUUCAAUAACCGAUAUGGUGAUGCAUACAAUGAAAGAUCUCCAAAAUCUUUGUCCUGAGAUUAUCCGCAGCUCACAUAUCUCUGAAAUUAGACGUGCAAAUGUCGAUAAGGUUCUUGACCAUUUCUUCAAUGCUUUGAAAUCCAUUGGAGAUUCAUGGAUCGAUAACCCGGAAUGGAUAGCUAAAUCUAAGUAUUGGAGUAGCAGCGUUGGAAAGAAUCAGUCCGAUCGACUAGUGGAAAAGGUGUUAGCAGCAUUAGAUGGACUGAUCAAGAUGUCAAAAGAGAGGUUUGAUAUGAUGGAGAUUGAUGAAGAAGAAGAGAAGAAAGAGCUGACUAGUCCAAGGACUGCCAAAACAUCGAGCAGUCGAGUUUUAUCUCCAUCUGAUUCAUUCUCCGAUAGCAGAAGCUCAUUCUGCGGCUCACCAAUCACGCCAAGAUCGGUCCUUCCAGAACCAAUGAUGAUGGGUUCGCCUGGUAAAGUUGGAGACUUUGCAAACUCUGCAUCACAUCUUCUGUGGAAUAUGAGAGUUCAAGCACUUGAGAAGCUCAGUCCUAUCGAUGUUAAGCGGCUCGCUAUUCACAUUUUGUCACAGAAAGAAGCUCAGGAACCAAACCAAAGCAAUGGAGAAGAAGAGGUUAAUGCUGUUGAAGAGAACAAGAUGAAGACGAAUGACAUUGAUGUGAAGAUGGAGACAGAAGAAUCUGUUGUUCUUGAUAAGCAAGAAGAUACAUUCAUGAAAGUCUCUACACUGGAUUCAACAUCUGAAUCCAAACUCAAUGCUUCAGUGAAAUCUGAAGUUGCACCAGCAUCUUUGUCACCCCCACCACCUCCUCCUCCUCCUCCUCUAUCCACUACAAAAUCUGUAUAUUUAGCUUCUCAACCGCCACCACCACUGAUUGCAAAGGCUGACGUGGUGGCCAUAAUAUCAAUCCCACCUCCUCCGCCACUGCCACCAUCUCCACCUUCCAUUAUGCCUUUACAAGGCUCUAUUGCACCUCCACCGCCUCCUCCUCCAGCAGCUGUGGCGGCCCCACAACCGCCGCCUUCACCUCCAAGAACCACAGUGGCGCCACCACUGCCUCCCCCACCUCAACGGACUGCAGCUGCACCACCACCACCUCCUCCUCCUCCUCCACCGAUGCAAAACAUAGUACCACCACCUCCACCAAUGCCUAUAUCGAAUAGAGCCGGUGGUGGACCACCGCCUCCACCACCACCUCCUAUGGCAAAGGGAGCCUCACCUCCUCCGCCACCACCUCCUAUGGCAAACGGAGCAGCACCGCCUCCUUCACCACCUCGAAUGGGUGUGGCAAACGGAGCAGCUGCUCCACCGCCACCUCCAGGAGCAGCUGGUCCACCGCCACCUCCAGGAGCAGCAAGAAGCUUGCGACCCAAGAAAGCAGCUACUAAACUAAAAAGAUCCACCCAGUUAGGGAACCUAUACAGAAUCCUUAAAGGGAAAGUAGAAGGUCGUGAUACCGAGGCAAAGAAAGGUAGCGGAAGUGGAAGAAAAGCCGGAGUCGGAAGCGCUCCCGCCGGCGGAAAGCAAGGAAUGGCUGAUGCUCUUGCUGAGAUCACAAAGAAGUCUGCAUAUUUUCAGCAGAUUCAAGAAGAUGUUGCUAAAUACAUGAAAUCAAUCAACGAGCUGAAGGUUGAGAUCACUAAGUUCCAGACUAAAGACAUGACUGAGCUUCUUAGCUUCCACCGCCGUGUCGAAUCAGUUCUUGAAAAACUUACAGAUGAGACACAGGUUCUUGCGCGAUGCGAAGGGUUUCCGCAAAAGAAACUGGAAGCAAUAAGAAUGGCAGUUGCAUUGUACUCGAAGCUGCACGGAGUGAUCACCGAGCUACAGAACUGGAAGAUAGAACCUCCUUUGGUUCAGCUUCUUGAUCAAGUAGAACGUUACUUCACAAAGAUCAAAGGAGACAUCGACACGCUGGACCGAACCAAAGAUGAAGAAGCUAAGAAAUUCAAGAGCCACAACAUCCACUUUGACUUCAAUAUACUUCUUCAGAUCAAGGAGACAAUGGUUGAUAUCUCAUCAAACUGCAUGGAACUCGCAUUGAAGGAAAAGAGAGAUGAAAAGCUUGUGUCACCUGAUGCAAAGCCUAGCAUUAAGAAGACAGUAGGAUGUGCUAAAAUGUUGUGGAGGUCAUUUCAGUUUGCAUUCAAAGUCUACACAUUUGCUGGAGGACACGACGAUCGAGCUGAUUCUUUAACCAGAGAGUUGGCUCAUGAGAUCCAAACUGAUACUCAGAACCCUUGAUGAUUCCAUCGUUUUGAAUCAUCACAGUUACCCAACUACUAAUCCUUUUUGCCUUUCUAAACACCUAAAAAUAUUCCAAAAUGUUUGAUAUGGAAUGAUAAAAAAUAAAAGUAUAUGUAUAAUAUUUAACCUAUUGUUUUGGCUUUGAGUUUGUAACUUUGAAGCCCACCCAAAAAGACUAGGAUUUAGAGGUUUCAUGGGAGCUCAGAGGUGCAGAGUUUUUUAGUGAAAACCUAUAAAAACCUUUUGAGUCAAGGAAGACCAUUGCGUUGCCAC